AGGGAAGGGGGGGGAAGAUGGGCAGGGCGGAAGGGGAAGGGCGAAGAUGGCGUACCACAGUCUGAGGCUCGAGUACCUGCAGAUCCCCCCCGUCAGCCGCGCCUACACCACCGCCUGCGUCCUCACCACGGCCGCCGUGCAACUGGAGCUGAUCACCCCUUUCCAGCUGUACUUCAAUCCCGAAUUAAUCUUUAAACAUUUCCAGGUCUGGAGGUUGGUCACCAAUUUCCUCUUUUUCGGCCCAGUCGGGUUCAAUUUCUUAUUUAAUAUGAUUUUCCUAUACCGUUACUGCCGGAUGUUGGAAGAAGGCUCUUUCCGGGGCCGGACGGCCGACUUUGUAUUUAUGUUCCUCUUCGGUGGAUUCUUAAUGACCCUCUUCGGUCUGUUCGUGAAUUUGGUGUUCCUGGGCCAGGCCUUCACCAUCAUGCUGGUGUACGUGUGGAGCCGGAGGAACCCCUACGUCCGGAUGAACUUCUUCGGGCUGCUCAACUUCCAGGCCCCCUUCCUGCCCUGGGUGCUCAUGGGCUUCUCCUUGCUCCUGGGGAACUCCAUCAUCGUGGACCUCCUAGGGAUCGCCGUGGGCCACGUCUACUUUUUCCUGGAAGACGUGUUCCCCAAUCAGCCCGGGGGAGGACGGAUUCUCAGGACUCCUUCUUUCUUGAAAGCAAUAUUUGACACGGCGGAUGACGAUCCCAACUACAACCCACUCCCCGAAGAGCGGCCCGGGGGCUUCGCGUGGGGGGAAGGCCAGCGCCUCGGGGGCUAACGCGGCAGCGCCCGAAGCCGGCCCCGCUCCCCGGCCGGGACCGAGGCGGGACGUCGUGUGGCCGGGGGGCGGGGGGAGGCGCCUCGGACCCUCCGUUGAGGAAACGCGGACGCUCUCCACGGCUCUCCGGCGUCGGAUCCCAGAAGCACUUUAUGGACCGGAGCUCGGGUUGGGCCCCGAGGCCUCCUCCCCGGCCGUCGGUCUGCCGGAGCCUCUUGGACAGAGCCGUCCGUCGGCCCCGGGGAAGGGAAGCGGCGAGGCCGAAGAACCAGAGAAGCCAAACUUUGCCCACCGAGGCCGGCCCGGGCACAGGACAACUGGAAUUAGACAGGACGCGGAAGGGUUUCUCCCUCCCCGGGCUCUCGGACGACGGCGGGUGCAGAGGUCUUGGAGAGGGCAAAAUAAAAACUGAGUAUCUCUCUCGCCAGG